AGCCGGUUCGCUUCCCGUGCAUUUACUUGACCAUGUCGCAUCAAGAAGAAACGCGUGUUGAGCAGCCAUCGAACGCCGCACAGGAGACUCAGGGUACUGGCCAGAACUCCAACUUGGACUUGAGCGUCAAGCACCGUCUUCAGCAUGAAUGGACCUUGUGGUUUGAUAAACCAGGCAAGAAAGCCGAUUCCGAAUCAUGGUCGCAGAAUCUGAAGGAAAUUGUUACUGUGGAUACCGUGGAAGAUUUCUGGGGUGUCUACAAUAACAUUACCAAAGUCAACAAGCUGGAAGCAGGCAGCAGCUGCAACUACCACUUCUUCAAAAAGGGCAUUCGUCCUGAAUGGGAGGAUCCUGCGAAUGCCAAGGGUGGCAAAUUUGGUAUCCAGUUCCCCAAGAACAAAACUGGUGAAGCUAUCAACACUUACUGGCUUUAUUUGUUGUUGGCAUUGAUCGGUGAACAAUUUGAUAACGCGGAUGAAAUUUGCGGUGCUGUUGUAUCGGUUAGAAAGAUGUUCUUUAGAAUUGCGUUAUGGAUCAAGGAUUCCGAACAGACAAAGGAGAUUGAACAUAUCAAGCAACAAUUGGAGCAGAUCCUCGCUAUCCCAGACAACGUCCAAAUCGAUUUUGUGAAACAUGGAGAACCUGCACCCAAGAGACCUUCCGUUUCUCAAUAGACAAAGUACAGCAAUCAAUUUAUACAUUUUUGGCCGCUUCAAAAGCACUUGCAUCUGACUCUAUUCCAUCAAUUUGGAGUUGAAUAGAGGGAACAGUAAUACUGCAGGGAAAGCUGUACCUGUUAUCAUGAUAGAAAAUCAAAUAAAAAUCCAUGUCAGAACACCUGGUAUUACCUGGAAUCCGUCUGGAAUCGAUCUACAAUUUCCUCAUUGCUUUGCCCUGACUGAUCACCAAUGAAUAGGAGGGGUGUCGAGAAAGAACACUAGCAUUGAUAGACACG